AUGGCCCAAAUUAAGGGUCUGAGUGCUUAUGAUCGCCCUCCUGAUCCAGUGAGACUUUGCUACAAGAAAUAUUCUAAAAUUGCCUUGUCUGAAGUUGACAAUGAUCCGGGGAUCCUCGACCUACAACGGAUCGAUCCCGACCAACUACUGCCCGACGGAGUGACGAUCACGCAGUAUAUGUCCAGCCAGGAUUUGCGAUUGGCAUUUGAUGAUUUUAUUCGUGGAAGCCAUGCUACAACAGAAGAGGAUGCUCCUCUGACUGAGGAUAUUCCAGUAUACGCUCAUAAAUCGAUUUCCGGUCUCCUGAUGAUUCCCGCCUUGUUCCCUCCUACUAUGCAGAUCGAACUGCUCUCUCGCCUAUUGCACCGAGACUUACCCAACCCCGAGCAUCAGACAAACCUACACCUGCACUACGAUGUCACAUACCCCGAAGAAUCAGAAGACACUCGCAUGCCCAAGUCGUUCUUCGCAGACGAUCCCACUCGCGCUUUCCAGCCCAAGGAUCCUCAGGUGCACAAGCCCUUGACGGUUCAACAGCUCUUAGAGAAAAAGCUGCGAUGGGUGACAUUAGGUGGACAGUACGACUGGACCGCCAAAGUAUACCCAUCUGGAACCCCGCCAGAGUUCCCGCCGGAUAUUGCAAAGGUGCUACGUGCGGCCUUCCCAGCAACAUCCGCCCAGGCUGCCAUUUUGAAUUUCUAUUCCGCCGGAGAUACACUGAGCGUGCACCGGGACGUGAGUGAGGAGUGUGACGUAGGUUUGAUCAGUGUUAGUUUUGGAUGUGAUGGAUUGUUCUUGGCUAGCCAUGACGAUGGAAAUGGUUGCGAGAUCAUUCGGCUUCGCUCAGGCGAUACUGUCUAUAUGAACGGUAAAUCGCGGUUCGCCUGGCACGGAGUCCCGAAGAUUCUGCCCUCGACCUGCCCGAAAUGGCUGGCCGACUGGCCAUCAUCUGGAGAGUCUGGCCCGGGAAUGCCGCCUGGUCCGUACGAGAUGUGGAAGGGUUGGAUGUCUAGCAAACGGAUCAACCUGAACGUUCGACAAAUGACGACCACUCAGGCUUCCGAAGAGGAGCAGAUCAGUGAUCACGUUUGA